AUGAAGAAUGCAAUACGAGGAAUUGACCAGGUAACGGCAUGCCAACCCCUGGCAACGCUACAGAAAGCCGAUCUCUUCACGGCAGAAAUAAAUUUGAUUAAGUUGGCCCAAGCGACGCUUUCACGGGAAAAGCUCGUGAAACUCAUCAAUUUACAACUGUACAAAGAUGAAAACGGGGUUAUUAGACGUCGUGGACGAAUCCGAGUCAAACACUUAGCAAAAGCAACUCAAGAACCCAUCCUACUCCCAAAAACUGAUGACUUUACUAAUUGA